CAACAAAAUAUUCACUUCUCUCUGCCACUCAUUCAACCAUGGCUAUAGAAAAUGGGGAGAAACCACAGGAUGCGUCAGCUUUUGUGGCGGUGACAAAGCCGACGGAUUGGACCAUUGUCAUACUGAGGGUGGUGGCAUUUUUGGCCACAGCCUCUGCAACUGUUGUAAUGGCGCUCAACAAAGAGACCAAGUCCUUGGUGGUUGCCACCAUUGGGACAACCCCAGUUAGAGCCACCCUCACAGCCAAGUUUCAACACAAUCCAGCAAAUGUGUUCUUUGUGAUAGCUAAUGGGAUGGCCAGCCUUCAUAACCUCUCCAUGAUCACAGUGCACUUCUUUGGAGACAAGUUCAAGGACAAAGCCCUUCGCCUGGUGAUGGUGGCCAUUUUAGACGUGAUGACUGUGUCCCUGGCAUCUUCAGGUGAUGGUGCAGCAACCUUCAUGGCACAGCUAGGGAAGAACGGUAAUUCGCAUGCGAGGUGGAACAAAAUAUGUGACAAGUUCCACAAGUUCUGCGACCACGGCGGCGGUGCCCUCAUUGCUUCCUACGUGGGGCUCCUCCUCCUGCUGGUUAUUACAGUGUUGUCCAUUGUCAAACUACUUAAAACAAAAUAGACAAUGUUGAUGCCAUAGCUCUCUUUUUUUAAUGUAUCAAAUGUAUUGCUUGUGCUGUGUGAGUGUGUGUUUGCUCUUGAAAUGAAAUGAAAUGAACUUUCUUAAAAUUA